CUUAAUUUUCCUUACUCCUUAAUUUCCAAUAUUUAUAAAAUAUCAAAUCUUUAUUCUUUCUUUUUCCUCUUUUCUUUAAUGAAACUCUAUACUUUAAUCUUGUUCCUUGCUUUGAUUGGUACUGUUCUUACUGCUCCUGUUAAAGAAAUAACCAUAGAAGAACGUGGUGGUAAGUGAAUUCAUAAAAGAAAUUCAUCAUAACUAUUUGGUUAGAACGAUGUCCAUUUUUUGGGUGCUGAUAAAUACCCCCCUUUUUCUCUUUCCUUAAACGAAACUUAUUCAUUGUUUCAAUAUGUAACAUUAAUCAAAAGAAGGGGGAGGGAUAAAUCCCUUCAUUAAAUAAACAUUCUUUUCUAAAGAAAAAAUACAUAUAAAGGACAUCUCUCUAGACUUGAGUUGUCUUCAUGCGAUUCUUCACUCUUCUUUUUGCAUGUAUGUUGGUAUACCAAGUGACAGCUGGACAGAAGCUAUGUCGAGCAAAAGAUAAACGAUCCCUAGAGAAACGAGCCAAUUCUUUUACAGAACAAGACUAUGCAAGAGCUGUUCAAUACCUUAAAUUAUUGAUGGAAGAAUACGAUAGUCGACAUGCUGAAACAACAACAGGAACAGCCUCUGUUCAUCCUGAAUGGACAGCAAAUACUCAACAAAAGACAGUAAUCUAUGAAGAUACGUUGGUGCCGUGUGAAGCGGAUAUUGAAGAAGAAGAUAUUUUUGACUUUGAGGAAGAUCCAGACGAUGUAGACGAGCCUCCUGUUAAAGACGGUGUUGUUGUAGAUAGAGAAGAGUAAAUAAGGAGUAACAAUAAACUUGUUCAACGUAUGACAAACAUAACGAGGAGCAUAAAUGUAAU